GAGAGAGAGAGAGAGAGAGAGAGAGAGAGAGGGAGGGCAAGUGGGAGACGAUGGCCGGCAACAGCGAAAACUUGUAUGAUGAAAAUGAGGGCAAUCGACCAAUGUUAAACCGGAGACAAUCGUCUUACGAGGUAGUAAGCGAUGAGCUUGAGCAAAUAUUAUGUAACACUCAAUUCACAUACUUACAGCGAACGCGAAAAGCUACCUUGGUGGAGUUAAAGACACUGUUUUAUCUAGCUGCACCGGCUAUUGUUGUUUACUUGCUCAAUAAUGUCGUUUCCAUGUCCACUCAAAUACUAGUUGGACAUCUUGGCAAUCUUGAGCUUGCUGCUGCCUCCCUCGGUAACACUGGAAUCCAAGUUUUCGCUUAUGGGCUCAUGUUAGGGAUGGGGAGUGCAGUGGAGACACUAUGCGGCCAAGCCUAUGGAGCUGGCAAGUAUGAUAUGCUGGGAGUGUAUCUCCAGCGAUCAACCAUCCUCCUUACUGCAACUGGGAUACCAAUAACGCUUAUAUAUGUCUUUUCUAAGCCAAUCUUGAUCUUACUAGGUGAAUCAAAAGAAAUUGCAUCAGCAGCAGCAGUUUUCGUGUAUGGCCUUAUCCCGCAGAUAUUUGCCUAUGCUGUCAACUUCCCAAUCCAAAAAUUCUUACAAGCUCAGAGCAUAAUCUUCCCUAGUGCAUACAUAUCAGCCGCUACGCUUGUGGUUCACUUGUUAAUAAGCUGGCUUGCAAUAUUCAAGCUGGGGUGGGGGUUGAUAGGUGCAUCAUUAGUGUUGAGUUUGUCUUGGUGGAUUAUAGUAAUAGCACAGUUUGUCUACAUUGUAGUCAGUCCAAAAUGCAAGCGUACCUGGACUGGAUUUACUUGGCAGGCCUUCUUUGGGUUGUGGAGCUUCUUGAAGUUAUCUACUGCCUCAGCUGUAAUGCUCUGCCUUGAGACUUGGUACUAUGAGUUAUUGAUUUUGAUUGCAGGCUUGCUCAAGAAUGCAGAAAUUGUCUUGGAUUCUCUCUCCGUCUGCAUGACUAUAUCUGUGUGGGUGUUCAUGAUCUCAGUGGGUUUCAACGCAGCUGCCAGUGUGAGAGUAAGCAAUGAAUUAGGAGCUGGACAUCCUAAAUCAGCAGCUUUUUCUGUGGUGAUAGUCAACUUUAGCUCCUUUGUCAUUGCUUUGAUCAUUGCUAUUCUUGUCCUUGUAUUUCGCAACGAGUUGAGCUAUAUCUUUACUGGUGGUACCACUGUUGCCGAUGCUGUAGCAGAGCUCUCUCCUUACCUUGCCCUCUCCAUCAUUUUGAAUGGAAUUCAACCCGUCUUAUCUGGUGUGGCUGUUGGGUGUGGAUGGCAAGCAUUUGUUGCUUACGUUAAUGUGGGUUGCUACUACUUUGUUGGUCUUCCUUUGGGCGGCAUUCUUGGCUUUGUUUUCGACUUGGGUGCAAAGGGAAUAUGGUCUGGAAUGUUAGGAGGAACUAUCCUGCAAACUCUGAUCUUACUUUGGGUUACAUUUCGAACAGACUGGAAUAAAGAGGUUGAGGUUGCAAGGAUUCGUUUGCAGAGAUGGGACGAUGUGACAGAGCCACUUGUAACGCGGGAUUGAAGGUGAAGAAGCAUUUGGUAGAAAAUUCUCUGAGGCAAUGAUUUGCAAGUGAAAGAUGCUUCCUUUUCCAAGAAGUAGAAAUAUCCGUUGAAGAAUCAACUUGCUUGCUUCCUCAUUCAUUGAUACACCACAUUCAAGAUUUUGAAGGAUCUACUUCUAUUUUUUGUUUGUUUUAUUUGUUUCUUGACAUCUGAUGACAUCGAGACACUAUUCUUCAUUAUGUUUUAUUUUUUCUUGAAAUUUACUUUUCGUUUGAAAUUAGCGCUUUA